UAGCUUAAAAGUUGCUAUGAGAAAAGGAGGAAGGAGUAGGGAUGAGGAAAAAAAAAUUACCCAAACAGGUACCUGCUGCGACUACACACACAGGGAGUUAAACGAAGAUCCACAAAACUUUCACGAAAAUGCAGACCUGCCCCAUGAAUAAAAGGAGAUGGAGAUGGUGAUAAAGGGUAGAUAAGAAUACACCAUAGUAGAGUGAAAGAGUGGAGAGGGUCCUUCUACUUGGUUUCCACAUGGCAGAGGUUGGUGAAAGAAAGAAACUGUCACAUGGCCUCCUCUCGUGCUUCUUCUGUGGACAUGGAAUUACAAAAGAAGAACCGGUGCAAUCAGCAGUAUCCGACGAGGACGGAAUCACAACAAGAUCAAGCAGGACUUCGACGGCGGCAGCCGUGGAUCACAACCUUCUUGGAAAGAUCGCGGGUGCAUUUAAGGAGCUUGCAGAGGUUGUGGCAGCCGCCUCCAAUAAUGCAGAGGAGGUGGUGGAGGUUGCUGCUUUCGCCCGCGCAUGUUCUUUCGUGGCUCCUCUUUUCGGUUUGGUUGGCUUCCAUUUCAAAUUCAUUGAGAUGGAUUAUGUUACCAAGGUGAAUGAUCUAAUGGAGGCAUCCAAGUCAUUCAAGACAUUGGAAUCAAUGGUUGAUGAGGAUGUGAAAACCAAUACGGUGAGAAAACAAGGUAGCCACUCGAGGAAUCUAUUGAAGAUAAAACGUGGCCUUGACUUUCUCAGACUACUCUUCCACCAAAUUCUACUUACAGAAGGAAAUUCUGUAAGAGAUGCGGUUUCCAAGGCUUACACAGAGAUAUUUCAUUUGCAUCAUGGUUGGGCUCUCAGAAAGGCUGUUUCUUCAAGAUUGCAUCACAUCCCAACAAAGCAGCAAUUGUUUAGGAAACUCAAUCAGGAUGAAUCUUCAGGAAGAGUGCUAAUGCAAGCUUAUGUGACGGCUUCCCCUGCACUACUCCAAUACAUCGACAACAUCUUUCUUUCAAGAGAAUUGGGUAUAGAUUGGUGACCAAACUUACUGUAUUCUGUUACUGUUUAAACUUUAAACAGAAUGUGAAUGUAAUGCUUGCCUUAGAGUGCUCAUUGAUGCUUUGUAAGAUGAUAAUUACAUGCAUAAUUCCUUUGAAUAA